CUUUAUCGUAUCUUCGCGCCUCAGACUGCGUUCAUCCUAACCAAUCCACCGGCUAUGCCCCCGACAAGACAAAACGAAGAAGGUGACCAAACGCCCAACGGGACUCAGAAGAGGCCGCGAAACGCGAACAAACAAUGGGCGACUGAUAUCGACGACAACGGUGUCUCCGCAGAGAGGCACGUCGCCAUGUGGCUAGCAUCCACUAAUGCAAAUGAAAGGCUCGCCAACUAUCAUCGCUGGACAAUCGGUCACGAGAAAAAAGACUACCUGGCGAAUCAGUGCCACCAGUACCUCAUUGAAAAGGGUUGCGACAGUCGACGCCAGGUUAAAGGCGUCUUUCUCAAAAUCAAUCACAUUGUCGACGCUUUUAACAAGGCGUCCGUGUUAGGUACUGGGAUAGAUGGCAAUGCUGAGGAGGCAAACGGGCCAAACCUUCUUUCUCAAAGGAACAAGAUCUGUCCCUUCUAUGAAAUCCUUGCCCCAGUUAUUGUCAACAGACCCUUCAUGGCUGAACAUAACAGCUACUCCACCCUGCACCCCUCCCUCGGCCUUCCCGAUCCAGAUCGCGCCGCUCUGCAAGCCCGGAUUCAGCGCCUAAAUGAGGAUCCCGAGGAUGAUCAGUUCGACAAUGAUGCUGAUGGUGAUGAUGAUGAUGACGAGGGCGCCAUCAAUGUCAACACCCGAGACAACGGUCCUAGGCGUCAAGGUGGUCGCGUCGCCGAAGACGCCGAUUGGGAGACGGAUGAUGGGUUGGACGAGGCGGAUGAUAGGCUCGACGAGCUGGCCAGGCGGCACGAAAGGAACGACGAGAGGAGACAUCUACAAAAACUCGCCAUGCGAAAGAAACAGCAUGUUGAUGUGAUGAGUUACAAGGAGGAGAAAUUAGCAUUCGCCCGUAGGAUGCUGGGAUUCCAGGAAAAAAAGGCAAAAGCAAAAGAACGCGUGAUGGAAAUACAGGAAAGGAAGGUAAAGGCAAAAGAACGCAUGGUGGAAAUGCAGGAGUACGAGGCGAAGAUGAAACGUUGGUACAAUAAGAUGGAUCUUUUGAUCAAGAGUGGUAAAAAAUGGGAGGAGGCGUGUGCCAUGACAGGGCCCGAGCCUGAGGUUCCCAUCUUUCUUCAGCAGAAGACGAUAUAAUCAUGCAUCCCUAAUUGCUC